GUCCUCCUUUCCUUAAUGAACUGCUGGUCACUUUGGGUUUUCUGUUUUCCACACAGGUACCAAACAUCACCAUGAAGCUGCUGACUGUGGCUGCACUUCUUUCUGCAAUGAUGGCUCUGACCUCUGCUGGUGAGGCCACCAGUGAGGCAGAGGGAACGAUGCCACCAGUAAAGAGUCGCCUGGUCAAGAGGUCCUCUGGUUGUCCUCAUGGUUGGACUGAGGAAGGAAAUCGCUGCUUCCGCUACAUUCCAAAACGCCUGUCUUGGGCUAGGGCUGAGAGAAAUUGCUUGUCCAUGGGAGGACAUCUUGCAUCAGUGCGCAACCACCAGGAGGAACAUGUGAUUCGUGAGCUGAGUGGCUACAGACACGCUUGGAUUGGAGGAACUGAUGCACCCCAGGAGAAUUUUUGGUUUUGGAGUGAUGGGACCCCUUUCUACUAUUCAAACUGGUGCCCAGGAGAGCCCAAUAAUACUUUCCUUCAACAUUGUCUACAGAUAAAUUAUAGAGGUGCCAAAUGCUGGGACGAUUUGUGGUGCAGUUCUCUUCUGCCAUCUGUCUGCGUCAGGCGAAUGUAA